CACGUCCGCAGGCCAGUCUCCGGGUCGAGACGAUCCAGUAUAUUGCUAAAGGAUCCUCUGUAUUCUUACACUAUCUUCCGACUAAAUAAACUACAUACUCGUACUACCUAAAACCGGAUGAAGCCAGUAGUUUAAUUGGGGUUACCACGGCAAAGUGCAAAGCCGAUAACUUCACUGCAUUACUUUGCAAAUAUUUCAAUUAUUCCAUAAUUUGCAACUAUCAAAUAAUCGAUAGCUUCUAUUCGAUUGUCCCCAUGAACAGUAACUGUACGUUACUAACCUGUGUUGUGUAUCGUUUGGAAGCAGAAUUAUAAUGGCUGUACAUGAUAAGCCUUCACAAAGGAAACUUCCAGCAUGGAUGACUCUGAAUGCAGAGGGAGAAAACGAACAGUUUACCCAUGACACAAAUGAGAAUCCAAACCUGAGUUUUAUGGGAACAGUACAUUACUGCAGAACAGAGAAGGAGUGUGGUAGAGCAUGUGAAAGUUUAAUGAAACAGGUUGAAACACAAGAAGAAUUGGUGAUUGGAUUUGAUAUGGAAUGGCCAGUUCAUUUUAAAACUGGGAGUGGUAAAACUGCUCUGAUUCAAAUCUGUGCUGAAGAACAAACUUGCUACCUCUUUCAUGUUAGCUGUAUGAGAAGUCUUCCUGAAGCAUUUGUACAUUUACUUAAACAUCCAAAGUUCAAAUUAGUUGGAGUGAAUAUUAAAAAUGAUCUUUGGAAGCUGAGUCGUGACUUUGGAAUCACUGUUAAGCCUCUAAUUGAGUCCAGAGUAGUGGACCUUGGAGAAUUAGCCAAUGAAACUUUACGAAGUGGUCAGAGAUGGAGUCUGGAUAGACUGGUGUUGCAUGUGAUUUAUGGAAAUGGAACCAGGGAAAUCUAAAAUGGUAAAGAGGAGAGACUGUGUAGGAAAGCUGACUUCCAGGCAAACAAAUGCUGCAUUCACAAAAAUGAUGCUAUCAUAUCUGUUGUUAUGAAACUGUAACCUUCAGAAGUAAUAAAUCAGAACUCACAGCGCAGAGUUUUGUUGCAUAAAUUUUGUAUAUUAUCAUCAUACAAUUCUGUGAAGUUCUUUAUAUAUUAUUUAUACUUUUAUAACAAGUUACUUUGUCAUUAGGCAUAUUAUUUUGUUUCUUUCUUCUGACUAUGUUUCAAAUGUGGUGAGGGGGGGGGAGAAAGGGCAAUAACUUGGGGAGAUAGUUUUAAGAACCAAAAUCAUUGUCAGAACUGGAGUAAGGGUUACACAGCAACAGUUCUGAAACUUUUUGUCCUUUGUACCUCCUGACACAACUCACCUCCAGCUAAUGCUGAGGUCAAGAAAAUGUGGAUCUAUAUAUCCACUCCCCCACAUGCCUUCAUGGUGUAGUGCUUAAUUAGUUAAGCACAGGGAAGAUUUUACCUUUUACCCUUUAUUCAGUUAAACGAAUGUUGGGAUCUUGCGAAAAGAUCUCUUAUAAUGUGCAUGAGCAGUGAUUGCUUUUACAUCAUUUGUGUGUAUAAGCUUAUUGUGAAUUGAUUCAAAUAAAAAUGGAUGUAAUGGAUUUCAA